AUGUCAUCUGUGGUUUAUAAGAUACCAUGUUUGGAUUGUGAUAGGAGUUAUAUAGGACAGACUCGACAAUAUUUAAAAGAUAGAAUAAAACAACACAAAUAUGAUACAAAGAACAUAAACAACAAGGAAAAGACUGCCCUAACCUAUCACGUGUUCGGUGAAGGUCACAAUUUUAACUUCGAGGAGGUGGAGAUACUAGAUGUGGAGAGCAAUGGUUAUAAGAGGAAUAUCAGUGAACUGGGCACCUGGGAUAUAAAGACGACGGUCAACAGGCUCAAAAACUGGACCACUCCUGGAAUCGAUGGUAUCCACAAUUUUUGGUGGAAAUCACUUACUUCCACCCACGGAGUACUGGCACGACUUUUCCAGCAGGUGCUCAGGAACCCGCAGACUAUCCCACAGUACCUAACACGUGGUAUCACGAUCAUGCUUCCAAAAAAAGGGAACCUUGCCAUGCCACAGAAUUACAGGCCGAUCACCUGCCUCCCCUCUGCCUACAAAAUUCUCACCUCAACACUAAGCUUCAAAAUUAACAACCACCUAACCAAGAACAACAUCAUGGCCUGGGAACAGAACGGAUGCAGAAGAAAAGGACGCGGUAGUAAAGAACUUCUGGUAAUCGAUCAUAACAUCACAAAACAGGCAAAAAAGAAGCUUAAAAAUAUAUCAAUGGCCUGGAUCGACUACCAAAAAGCAUUCGACUCUGUGCCUCACUCGUGGCUCAUUGAGGUUCUUUCGAUCUAUAAGGUGAAUAAACAGGUGAUAGAAUUAUUAGCCUUUCUGAUGUCGACUUGGCGCACCACACUCAAAAUUAACACCAAAAUAUCCUGUUAUGAAACGGGAGAGAUAAGGAUCAAGAGGGGCUUAUUCCAAGGAGAUGGUUUGAGCGCUUUGUGGUUUUGUCUGGCCCUCAACCUUCUAAGCAACAUGCUGAAUAGAUCCGCGUACGGAUAUUCUAUGAACGACCAAACCCAGCUCACGCAUCUUUUCUACAUGGAUGAUCUGAAACUGUACGCGAGAGGGAGGAAACAGUUGGAAGGAGAACUAGAACUAGUCCGAAAAUUCAGUGCCGAUAUCUGCAUGACUUUGGGACUGGAUAAGUGCGCGGCAGUCGAGGUUAGAAGAGGAAAACUGAUCAAACAAGAUCCCAUCAGACUGGCGGACGAUACGGAGAUGCGGGUUAUGGACAUAGAGGAUAGAUAUAGGUAUUUGGGAAUCCAACAAACCAAUGAACUCAGGCAACAAGAGAACAAAAAAAUAGCGGAGGAAGAACUAAUGAGAAGAACAAGAAAGAUACUUGGAACGCAGCUGUCAGCUAAAAACAAAAUGGUUGCCCUAAAUAUCUGGGCAAUGCCCCCAUUAACCUAUACAGCUGGAAUCCUAUCCUGGUCAAAAACGGAUUUAGAGCGAGUCGAAAGGACGAUCAGGAUCACUUUGACGAGGUACGGAAUGCUGCAUCCAAAUUCGGCGGUGGAAAGGCUAUACUUACCUCGCAAAGAAGGUGGAAGAGGUCUGAGCAGCUUGGAGGAUGCCUGCAAAAGUGAAAAAAAGAAAAUUACCAGCUAUUUUCUCAGCAAAAACUUGCCUGUGCACCAGUGGGUUGCGGCAUACCAAGGUUCGCCUCGUACACCCGGUGACACUGAGGAAGAAGACCCUGCAACAGGAAAUCGAUCCAAUGAACUAAAGCGAAGAUGGCAAGAAAAACCCCUCCACGGAAGAUUCUUCGCAAGCCUGAGGCAGGAUGAAGUCGAUUUAACAGGCUCGAACUCGUAUCUCACCCAGGGCUACUUGUUUCCGCAAACAGAAGGAACACUGUUUGCGAUACAAGAUCAGGUAGUGCCAACACGCUCAUACAUUAAGAACAUUAUGAAGCAGGAGAUAGAAUCGACAAAGUGCAGACUGUGUCACAAUGCAGAAGAAUCAGUUCAGCACUUAGCAUCCGGUUGCUCGGCUAUUGCGGGCACCAAGUACCUUAGUCGACAUAACAACAUGGGGAAGGUCGUACACCAGCAGAUGUGUCUAAAGGAAGAACUGCUCCACCACUUCACACCACAUCACCAAUAUGUCCCACAGGAAAUAAUAGAAAACGAUCAUGUAAAAAUCUACUGGGACUUCACCAUCGUGACGGAUCAAAGCGUUGGCCACAACAGACCAGAUAUGGUAGUGUGGUAUAAGAAAGAAAAAACGGCCCUCAUUGUGGAUUUUGCAGUACCACAGGACUACAACUUACAGAGCACAUACGCUGAGAAGAUCUCUAAGUACGAAAUGCUCUCUAGACAAAUGAGGGAUAUGUGGCACCUCAGAAAGGUUAUGAUCAUGAGUAUACGGUGGCGUGAAACGAAGCUCGAAGGCCUUCUGCUGUUCUUCUCCCCAUUUCCAACGGUGUUUCUUCUGCAGCAACCGAGUCAACGGAGAGACUACACCGGAGAAGUUCUCUAUGAAACGACGGUACCAGCUGGCAACUCCAAGAAAUCGACGCAGUUCUCGGACGGUUUUCGGUGUUGGCAAAGACACUAUCGAAGAAACUUUGUCGGGAUCGGUACAGAUGCCAUCGGAGGUGACGACAUGUCCAAGGUCCAGUGUUGA